AUCCGAUAUGGGUAUUGUGGUGGGCAAGUGUAGCAUUGUGAAUAAAUACUCGAGGCUCCAUGGAAUACUUAACACAUGUAUACCAUAGUGUGACGAAGUGGCAACAUGUGGAAAUUUGUGGUAUUCCUGGGGAUCCUCGGGCUGGCAACAGCCCAGAAAGUCAGUUUCGAAAAUCACAAGGUUUUCAGGAUAUUACCCACGAAUGCUGAGCAGAUUGCCCUCUUGCACCAGAUCGCCGACACUUCGGAUGGACAAUACUCUUUUUGGAAUGGUCCAGGCAGUGUGAAUGUAACCGCAGAUUUGAUGGUUGCUCCUCACAAAAUUCCCGAAUUCGAAAGAUUGAUGAGUUUCACGGAAACCAAGUAUGUGCCCUACAUCGACGAUGUUCAGCAACUAAUUGAUCUUGAAAAUCCAAACCUGGAGAGAUUGACGACGGAAUUUGACUGGACGAGUUACCAUACGCUGGAGGACAUAAACGCCUGGUUGGAUUCACUAGCCAAGAUUUAUCCAGACAAAGUGGAAGUGGUUGUUGCUGGUACAACGUAUGAGGGACGUGAGAUCAAGGGUGUGAAGGUUUCAUUCAAACCUGGAAAUCCUGGUGUAUUUAUUGAGGGAAAUAUUCAUGCACGCGAAUGGAUAACAGCUGCCACUGUUACUUACAUUCUCAAUCAAUUACUGACCAGUCAGGAUCCGAUCAUCAGAGAAUUGGCAGACAGACACGACUGGUACAUCUUUCCAGUGUUCAAUCCCGAUGGAUACGUCUUCACCCACACCACCAACCGUCUCUGGCGUAAAACGAGAAAACCCUACAGUGCAUUCUGCCGUGGAUCCGACCCCAACCGCAACUGGGGCUACAAAUGGAACAAUGGUGGAGCCAGUAAUGUUCCAUGCGCUGAAACUUACGCCGGAUCCGCUGCCUUUUCUGACAUUGAGACUAAAUCGAUGUCUCAGUACAUCAGCUCGAUAGCCGACAAAUUCUACGCCUACAUAUCGUUCCACAGUUAUUCUCAGCUGUUGCUCUUCCCCUACGGUCACACUAAGCAGCAUCUCGAUAAUUACGAUGAUCUGUAUGCGAUCGGAGUGAAAACGAUUAAUGCGUUGGCCAAGAGAUACGGCACCAAGUACGUCACAGGAAAUGUGGCUGAGACUAUUUAUAUUGCUAGUGGCAGUUCUGUCGACUGGGUAAAAGGAGUCCACCAGACACCGAUCACUUACACUUACGAACUUCGUGACAAAGGGAAGUUUGGGUUUCUACUUCCAGCUAAACAAAUCAUUCCCACUGGACAGGAAACCCUUGACUCUCUCGUUGCCAUGUUCAAAAGCGCACAAGCAAGGGGUUAUCCAAAGAGCUUAUAACUUCGCUCUGAUGAUCAGCAGGAGCUCGCAGUUUGCGGGGAUUUUAAUAAAAGUUGAUAACUCAUUCGUUUUUUUUAUUCCAUUUUAUGGCCAUUAAUAAAGUACUAUUGUUGAGUU